AUGCUUCAGCUUCUGAGGGAUACCUGUGGGUUGCCACGCGCACUUCAACGACUCUUUAUCGUCUGCUUUGGAUCAUAUGGUGAACAUGGGAGUGAAUUCUUCGAGAAACUUGAAAGAAAAGAAGUUGACUUUGUGGACUAUUUCAUCAAAGUCAAGGACUGUCUCGAUAAACAGUAUGGCAUAAAAGACUAUGUUAAAAACAACAGAGAUGUUGCUACGAAGCUCAUGUAUUUAUGCAUUGAAGGUAUUCCCAUUGUCCCUGAUAAAUAUGUUUUGGAUGAAAAUAAUCCAGCUCUUACAAUUAGAAGCCUAGAAAGAGAUAAACAUAUUAUUCUCUCCUCUGUUGAACAAUCUGACGAAUUGUUCCUUAUUAAUAUGCCCUUCUAUUUUAUCUGUAUAUAUAAUGACUCUCUGCAUAUUGUUAACCCUACACUUGUAAGUAAGUUCUAUGAUGAACGCAUGUAUUGGUAUGAAUGGGAGAAGUUUGUGGCAUACCAUGAAGCAUUUCGUACUAAUCUGGCGAUAAGAUUGGGAAAGAAAACAACGACGUUACGAGAAUUAUAUCCCAAUGCUGAUAAGUCGGAUGUUAACUUUGACUUUAGCGUAAAUUUGAAACCCCUUCGUGUAUGUGAAGCAAAUGAACAAUUUCCGCUCACUAAUCCAUUAACUGAAAAAUCUGAUGGUAAAGAAAUCGACUGGCAGAGUGGUGAUGUAGUAGUUAUCAAUGGUAGUAGUGCUCUGUAA